GCUACCUUAUCCAUCCAUAUGAGAAUCCACACAGGGGAAAGACCGUACAAAUGUGACCAGUGCGACUAUUCUGCAGCAUGGAAAACUGCUUUGAAGCAACACCGAGCAAAACACACUGGAGAUAAACCCUUCGUGUGUGGGGAGUGUGGGUACAGGACAGCUUAUAACAUGACUUUAGCCAGACACAUGAGAACCCACACAGGAGAAAAACCCUACAAGUGUGACCAGUGUGACUAUUCUGCAGCACAGAAAUAUGAUUUGAACAACCAUCGAGCAAACCAUACAGGUGAGAAACCCUACAUGUGUUCUGAGUGCGGGUUCAUGACUGCAAACACGUCCAACUUAGCCAAACAUAUGAGAACCCACACAGGUGAGAAACCCUACAAAUGUGACCACUGCGACUAUGCUGCUGCACGGAAAAGCGGGUUAAACCGCCAUCAAGCGAAACAUACUGGUGAUAAACGCUUCGUGUGCAACGAGUGUGGGUUUAGGACAGCUAGAAGGUCACACUUAAACCUACAUAUGAUGACCCACACAGGAGACAGACCAUACAAGUGUGACCAGUGUGACUAUUCUGCAGCACAGAAAAGGCACUUGGAUCAACAUCUUACAAAACACACGGGUGAGAAACCCUUCAUGUGUGAUAAAUGUGGGUACAGGACGGCUUAUCAAACGGACUUUUCCCGACACAUGAGAACUCACACAGGAGAAAAACCCUACAAGUGUGACCAGUGUGACUAUUCUGCAGUACAAAAACGCCAGUUGGACAAACAUUUAGCAAAACACACCGAUGAGAAACCCUAACUAUGUGGGGAGUGUGGAUACAGGACGGCUCAGAAGAUUUACUUAUCUACACACAUAGGUGAAAAACUGUGACCAGUGUGACUUUUCCGCUGCACAGAAAGAUUCUUUAGACAAACAUCUAGCAAAACACACUGGCAAGAAACCCUACAAUGUGUGUGACUUCAGGCCACAAAGAAAUUCUGACUUAUCGCGACACAUGAGAACACACAAGGGAGAGAAACCUCACAAGUGUGAUCAGUGUGACUAUUCUGCAGCUCGGAAAUCUGACUUGCCACACACGAGAACACACACAGGACAUGUUUGGUGCCCGCUGUCAGGACGUCCCAUGUGCAGAGACCAGACACGUUCAGCCGGCGCUACCAGGUUCGGUUAGGGGAGGAAACCAUCCAGGCACCCAUGGGUCUGUUUUACCCCCAGCUGUUUGGGCUGGUCGCCAGCAGCCUGGUGCACACCCAGCUGAGGAACCAGGGUGACCCGGAGGAUAUCCACGAUGAGCACUACGUCCUGCAGACACAGAGCACACAGCAGCAGG